CCCUAAUCAGAAAUUACUUUCAUCUAAAGACGUAGUUCUUCCUUCAUGGACUGGCAGUGUGUAUCUAAACACAGAAUGGUACACAUAUAUUUAUCAGCUCUUGUCAUCUACGGCUUGUGUCUGACCCCUGUUGUGUCUGCCUCUCCUCCUCCCUCAGUGGUAGCCCAACCUGGAGAUAAUGUCACUUUUCACUGCAAGGAUGUCACUGGUGCUCCAGGACAUGUUGGCUGGUUCAAGCAAGACAACGGCUCAGAGCCUCUGUGCAUCGCGUCUAUGUACAGCUCUGAGCCAACUGUCCAACAUCAUAAUGGUUUUCAGCCCAGCCAUAUGGAAAUGUUCAUCAGCCAUAGAAUAUUUUUCCUGAAAAUCACAGAGGUGGAUGAAGCUGAUUCUGGUGUUUACUUCUGUGGGAUGUUUGAUAAAUACAUCAUCUUCACCAAUGCGACUGUCCUGAAGGUCCAAGGUCACAACAUUUCAGAAAAGGACCUUACAGAGAACUGUGAAGAAGGAAUGUACCUCAUUCCAUUGGUUGUGAUCCUGGGUGUUGUAACUGCGGCACUACCUAUAGUCUUCCUCAUCCUGGUCCUCAAGAUCAGACGAGACACAAAAAGACACAACACAGGAACUGAUUCUCAACGACAACCACAAUUUGAUCAGAUACAAGAUCCAGAUACAUUGAAUUAUGCCGCCCUGAAUUUCACCUCCAAGAAGAGGAAGAUGGAGAGGAGAAGAGAGAAGGAGCUGGACCCCGAUGUAGUGUAUGCUGCUACAAGAUGAUAAAGUGGAGGAGGAUGAAAGAGGAGGACAAUUGGUUGGCCAUAUCUGUGAAUAUAAGUUCAAAUCUUGCUAUAUUGUAUCUGUAUAGUUAAAUGAAAUGUAUUGAAAUCUAAAUGAAUCUCUGAAGUGUAUGAUUAAGCUAUAAUGCCUGAGGGGGUGUGUGAUAUGGCCAAUAUACCCCAGCUCAGGGCUGUUCUUAGCACGACGCAACGCUGAGUGCCUGGAUACAGCCCUUAGCCGUGGAAAAUUGGCCAUAUACCACAAUCCCCAGAGGUGUCUUUUUUGCUGUUAUAAACUGGUUAACAAUGUAAUUAGAGCAGUAAAAAUGAAUGUUUUGUCAUACCCGUGGUAUACUGUCUGAUAUGCCACGGCUGUCAGCCAAUCAGCAUUCAGGGCUCGAACCACCCAGUUUCUAAUUGUGAAUUGUACCUCAGGGCGACUGUAGCCCUCUCCAACUCAGUUAGGUCAGUGGUAAAGGGUGUUGUUAGAGAGGAGGAGUUAGAAGUAAAAACACAACUGUUUAAGAACCACAGAGUAGUUGCCUCUUUUGACCUCUCUUAACUUAGAUCUCUGUUGUGUGUGUUAGUGAUUUGGUUAUUUUUUUAUAGGGUGACCCUGAUGGUCAAAGUACCCAACAGUAAACAACUGUAUUAUACUGAUCACUUCUAAAGACAAAUAAAGAGUUAAA